UUUUAGUGAUAUGAAAAUGGAGUAUGAUGACGAAGAAAUAUAUUUGCUGAACGGAACGAAUGGAACUGACCAAACUUCCAGUUUCUCGGAGCCCGAAUCGCUCAAUGUGAUCAUUCCUCUCACAAUUAUUUACAUCAUUAUCUUUAUUGCCGGCGUGCUAGGAAAUAUAAGCACUUGUGUUGUGAUCGGUAGGAAUCGAUCGAUGCAUACAGCCACGAACUUCUACCUAUUCAGUCUAGCAAUUUCCGAUCUACUUCUUUUAUUGUGCGGAUUGCCUCUAGAAGUAUACCGCUUAUGGAAACCACUAUCUUACCCUCUCGGUGAAGUGGUAUGCAUAACAUUUGGACUUAUAUCAGAAACAUCUGCGAACGCAACAGUGUUAACAAUAACAGCAUUCACAGUGGAAAGGUACAUUGCAAUAUGUCGCCCUUUUAUAUCACACACGAUGUCCAAGUCGUCCAGAGCCGUGCGUUACAUAAUACUCAUUUGUAUUUGUGCCCUUUGCGCGGCCGUGCCUCAAGCUAUGCAAUUCGGUGUAGUGACAUAUAGUGAGAAAGGUCAAAAUAUUAGUGCCUGCACCGUGAAAGGUCAUGGUGUGCAUCAAGUGUUCGUUACGUCAAGUUUUGUGUUUUUCGUAGUACCGAUGUCGUUGAUCACAGUGCUGUACGCGUUGAUUGGUGUCAAACUUCGUUCAUCACAUAUCCUUCAUAUUGUAAAAAAACCUUCGGAUGAGAGUAAGCGCUUUAAUGGAGCGCCGCGGUUCAGAAACGGUGCAUCACAAAGAAAGGUCAUUAGAAUGUUAGUUGCUGUGGCGCUAUCAUUUUUCCUCUGCUGGGCACCGUUCCACGUGCAAAGGCUGAUAGCUAUUUAUGGAAAAAAUUUAGAGCAUCCGACUGAUACAUUUUAUAAGGUAUACAUUGUACUCACCUACCUGUCAGGAGUUCUCUAUUUCCUCUCCACGGCGAUUAACCCGUUUCUAUACAACAUCAUGUCGAAUAAGUUCAGAAACGCUUUCAAGGUGACGUUGUCGAAGUGGUGUAGGCGAGGCGGCUCGCGGCUAGAAAGAUCAUACAGCGCUAUAUUAGCUUCUCAAAGGCAUCGUGUUGCGAUAAGAGCUGCACAGCGUCAAAGGCAACCUCCCAACUCCCGAUUGCUCCGGCGUCUGUCUACCGCCUCCUCGCAACUGUACGACGCGCCACCCAUAGCGCAGUCCUAUCAUCGGUCCGAUCUCACCAUCGUAAAGGAGGUUCCAGACGUCAGUUGGAUUUGGAAGCAACAUCCACCCGAGAGAUCAGAUUCCUGCACCUCACCACGAAGCAUUUCAAAUUCCAGUCUUCAUGAACUCGAUAAGGAGCUAAGUAGAGAGGAGUUAGCAACCUUCAUGUACCAAGUCAACUGCAAUAUUGGCGCAAUUACCUGAGACACGUCAGUUUAGGGUGCUCGAUAGACCAUCCUAAACUCAUUUUUGAAGGAUAAUUUGAAAUGAAAUCAGUAACUAGCUAAUACCCGGCAUGGGCCGCAAUGCCGCUUUAAAUUGUUUUUUAAACAGUCAUUCGAUACAACUCGCGCGCAACUUAGGUAUUAAACCCGAAUCAGGAUAAAUAAAAACACAUUCAUUUUUACAUUUAAAUAAACGAGAUACU